AUGUUCAACAGCUCUACAUCUCUCAUCAUCCAGCGUGAAUUAGGGAAUGUAGGUAGUGGCGACAUUCGUCUUGCUACUAUCGGUGACAAAGAUUUGGGGCUCGAUUCCCUACCCGAGUUGCCAGUCAUCGUUCCUAUCAACGGAAAGCCACUUAAUUAUCAUGGUCCCGGAGGCGUUUUCACUUCUCGGCACCGUUAUGGCUCGCCAGUUGUCUCCACUUCAUCUGGCUCCUCAUCGCCUUCCUCUUCUUCUUCGACUGCCCCAGAAUCCUCAUCUUAUUUACAAAACCUUAGGAAUGACCUGACAGGUGCGUUUCGCACUUGUACCCUAAAAUAA